GCCCUAAUUAAACUGUUUAUUUAGCCAUAAACACAAAGGAGAGAAUUCUAAUUUGAGAUAAUUUCAAAAAUGGCUGCGAGGAACAUUUUGUGCAUGUUUGGGAUUAUUGUAUACAUAAUAGGUAAUGCCGAUGCAGCGUGUACUUACACAUUUUCUGGUAGCGGAACACAAAUCUAUACCUGUCAUGAGUACUACAGCUUGUCAGCGGGUGCAAUAGCGGGGGCGGUGAUUGGUUCUCUUACAUGCCUCGCCCUCAUCAUUUACUGUAUUGCAUUCUGUUGUUGGAGAAUCAGGAAGAGUUCCGAAGGUUCAAAGACACCCGGAACAAUCCAGAAUCCAUCCAAUGUUAGCGUGGUAUCUGGUGGAACAGGCGAAUUUUCAAAUCAAGUGAUGCAGAAUCCAAAUCAACAAAAUUACCAAAUGGCAUCUCAUGGUGGCUCCCAUACAUUGCGCAUGCACACCGGAUAUGAUCAGUGAUAAAUACUAUAAUUUGCUUGCUGCAAUUUUUAACUUCGUGUUUUAAUACCUAUUGUUUUUUUUUUAAAAAGAUGGAUUUAAAUUAUCUUUUGUAUUUUUGCCCUAUUCGUAUAUGCAUUUAAAGUUCUUAAAUUUAUAAAUGAUAUACGUAAUUAAUAAUCGCUGAAAAAAAAAAUGGAUUAUUUAUUUUUUUUUUGCAAUUUUUUUUUUGGACAAGAGGUCGGUUCACUUUAUGCAUAAAAUGGUCCUGUAGAUAUACCGCUUGAUUGAUCAACACUUGAUUUGCCAUUUGAAGCAUUAAAAUAAAAUGGAAACUUUCAUAUUCAAUAAAAAAUUUCUCCUACAAAUCCAGACCUUGGAGAACUGGCUUUAUGAAAUUACAAUGUUCUUAAAUUUUUAGGUAAACAGGUAUAAUUGAGUACUUUCAGUGAAGAAAAAUAAUAUGACCGCACUCUCUGAUCUAAAAAAUAAAAUAUGUC